AGCAUCUGUCAACAAGACCAGGGCUUUGAGUACACAGGCUGUGAGUCCUCUGGAUAGCAAGACCAGUAAUUAGCAAAAAACUGUGAGCGUCUAUUGACAAGACCAGCGUCUCGAGUGUGGUGACUCACACAAUAUUCUGACGAGGUAUUGUUUUUGACUGGGUUUGAGGCCCGGGGAAUGAGGACGCCCCGAAGUACUGAAUUUAACCCGUGAGCUACUUGCAGCAAGACCGGAAUGUUGUUAUUGUCUAUGUGUUGAUUUUGUUGUUAUUGUAUAUGUGUUGAUUUUCCAUGUAUUUGUACACACUUACAUAUAGUGCUAGAAAGUAGUACAAUCACGAGUGUGAAUGGUGGAGGUUCUGAACGCUGAAACAUAACUGCACUAUCUAGGCGGUUGUGGAUGUAAGUGAACAGUCCUCCACAUGACUGAUAUAUAAGGUCUGGUAUCAUGAUUCAAGGCUAGUCGGCCAAAAACCCCCGCCGUGAGUUGUUCAUAAAUAAAGUACACUAGAACAACAAGAUCGGAGUUAAAAGGUCCCAGUAAAAACUCAGAAGCACGUCUGGAAACACAAUAGCUUAGUUUGAACGUCCAUAAUCACUCCUACAAAACCAGUCAAUACACGCACACACAGGAAGAAGACAAAUUUGGGUAAUGCAUGAAUGUGAAUGUGUAUAAGUGCUAGAGGAAAGUGGUUGAAGCAGCAGCACUGCCGGAAACCAGUUUCUGGUGUAAACGUAAGGCAGUGACCUGUUGAGGUAGACCACCGAAAUCUAGAUUGAGGAUUUAUUUGCACUGUGUGUAGUACGAACAGAAAACAGCAGUUUGUAUAUCCAGACGUCGUAUUUUAAUAAUUUUGGCAGUACGAACAAAAGAUCAAUAGUACUUUUAUUUAGAAACUCUAUAGCACCCUUAUCCGAUAGUGGUAAAUUGAUAAAGUUUGGCAGUUUGAAGACAGAGACUCUGACAAUAUGGACGGAGAGUUUGACAGAGAAACAGACGACGGGGGGUGGGGACCCAGCAGCUCAUAUAAGACUGUGACUGAACAGCUGUUAGAGAUGCAGCGUGUAGUGCGGAGCAUGCAUGGUACUAAAGACACAGAUGAGAUUAUGAAGCAGAUGAGAAAGGAUGUGAGUAAGGUUUUACUGGAAAAGGGAGAGACAGAAAAGAGUAAGGGACCGUUAGGUAAGUUGUUCUGGGCAGAAGCCAAAGUAGCAAGAAAGGAACAGGAGACAGCAGCAGAGGAGGAGAAAAAAGGGGGGUGGUUGAAGAAGGGAAAGAAUAGAGACGCGCAGCGUGAGGCAGAACAGGAUAACCUUAGCGACCUACAGGCACAGCUUCUGAAAAUGCAAAUAGCUAAGACUAAACAGGAAUUGAAGAAAACUGAGAAACCUAGUAGCCGCACAGCAAGUAGGGACUCCAGACUUCUAUCCCGUGCCCCAUUGGGCGCCACAGCCCCCACCUUUGCAGCCACCAUACAGAGACGGGCGGUAUCCGAGGGGGAGGGGCGCAUGGAGAGGGGGGCGAGGAAGGGGUGGAAACGAAAUGAGGUGGGCGGGGUCACCUGGAGAUCAUUGUCACCACUGUGGAGCUCAAGGCCAUUGGCGACGUGAAUGCCCCCAUAGAAACAGCAGAGAGGAUCCAGCUAACCCAUAUAUGGCCGGAAGGGGGAGGGGACAGAAUGGUCCGCCUCUACCCUACACCCCUGGCACCGCCCUAUGCCCAACUGGAGGAGGAGGCGCCACCCAGAUGCCAGUCACAGAAUGGGACCGCUGGGAGGGGUGUGGAGACCAGUAUCAACAAUGACACACCCCACAGAGAGGCCAAGACAGCAUUAACUUGGCAGAUCCAAUGCUGUCAAUGAAGGUUGGCAUGAUAAAAACAGACUCUGCCAAUCACUGUGCCUCUCCUCACUCAGUGGAAGCCCUGGAUCGUCGCUCUCGAGCCAUGUGUCUCUCCACCUGAUCCUCCCCACGUAACUCUGUUUUAUGAUAGGCUGCAGACGGAUUGGUAUCAAGACAAAUUUCAGGAUCAAUUAGAAGGGAAAGAUUGGGUAUUUAACAUCCAGAACAUAUAUGUGGCGCCUGAGGGGGUAGCAGCGGGGGUUAAUCUGAGUCCAGAACAAAUAGAGUGGUACAUGAUGUCUGACAGGCUGCACCACACGUCUCACUGGCUCUGCACCCAAAACAUCAGGCUAAAGAGUUAGGAGGCAUGGUAAAGCGAGCCCUGGGACAGCAUUUAUCACUCUCGAACAAGCAUUAGCUUACGCAGCAGAGCUAGCCACGCCAAACUACCACCUACCUUUCCACCUAGAUGUCUCUGUAACAGACAACUGUGUAAAUGGUGUUCUGUUCCAGAGAAAAGGGGGAGAUAGGAUAAUACUGAUGUAUAUUAGUGUAAUGCUAGACAGUAUGGAAAAAAGACACCCAGACUGCACACAACACGCAGCAGGGAUAGCAAAGCUAAUACAAAAAACUGCACACAUAGUCAUGGGUCACCAGUUAAACGUUCUGACAACACAUAGUGUGGUGGCUUACGUCAACUCAGAGACAUUCACACUAACAACACUGAGACAGAGAAGGCUGAGCAAGAUCCUAGAGGCCCCAAACAUCUCAUUCACACAUGAAGGGAUCAACAUGGCAGACCAAAUAGGGACAGGAGAACUACAUCAGUGCGCAGACAGAGUCAUCAAAGAGGAAAAAGUCAGGGCAGACUUACAAGCUACGCCAAUAGAAGGAGCCAGAGACCUGUUCACUGAUGGUUGUUGCUACAGGCAUGAGACAGACGGCCUUAGAGCAGCAUAUGCAGUAGUGGAAAACAGAGGAGGACAGCUAGUGACGAUAAAAGCAGAAAAACUGGAAGGACAGCAAUCAGCACAAAGAGCAGAAGUAGUGGCAGUCAUUGAAGCACUCAGACUAGGGGAGGGACAGGAAGUCAACAUUUACACAGACUCAGCAUACGCAGCAGGAGCAGUGCAUGUAGAGUUAGGGCAAGGGUUGAGAGCAGGAUUUUUGACAGCAGGUAACAAACCAAUCAGACAUGAGACUGAGAUGAAAGAAUUGGCCGAAGCACUAUUGCUUCCCAAAAAAGUAGCAGUCAUAAAAUGUAAAGGACACAAUAUAGGGACAGACAGAGUGACACAGGGAAAUAACGCAGCUGACCAAGCAGCAAAACAGACAGCAGGGUACCUGGACAAGACAGAAAAGACGGUACUUAUGUGUUCAGAGACUGAGCUACAACCAGAAAUCGACAUGACCAGAGUAAUCAAACUACAAAAUAAGGCGUCUCCCCAAGAAAAGUCACUGUGGAAAGCCAGAGGAUGCACAGAGACAGACGGACUAUGGAGAGGACCAGACGGCCGACCCAUUUUACCUCCAGGACUAAGACAGACAGCCAUGGAAGAAGCUCAUGGGGUGGGACAUGUAGGAGUAGCACAGAUGAUGAGAAAUCUUGGUAAUUGGUGGCAUCCGUUUCUUAAAGACAUGGCUCAGUACUUGAUCAAAACCUGUGAACAAUGCACAAAGUUUAAUACCAGACCAACUAUCAAACCAGAACUAGGAAGGUACCCCCUAGAGGCCAAACCAGGAAAGGAGAUUAUCAUAGACUAUACAGAUAUGAUAGACUCAGUCAGGGGUUACAGGUAUGUACUAAUGUGUGUGGAUGUGUACACAGGAUGGCCAGAAGCCUGGCCAACCAGGAAGGAAGACAGUAAGUCAGUGAUCAAGUUCCUUGUAAAUCAGUACAUCCCCAGACACGGUUUUCCUGAAAAAAUCAGGUCAGAUAACGGUACCCAUUUCAAAAACCAGGAUCUCCAGAAGGUGGAGGCCAUGUUGGGACUCAAACACGCUUUUGGUACAGUAUAUCAUCCCCAAUCACAAGGUAAAGUGGAAAGAAUGAAUCAAAAUGUCAAAGUCAAAUUGGGCAAAAUCUGUGCACAGACCAAAUUGAACUGGUUAGAUGCUUUACCACUAGCUUUGAUGGCUAUCAGAAGCUCAGUAAACCAGACCACGACGUUUACACCGCAUGAGUUACAAACAGGGAGAGCGUUUCCCGGACCACAUUCCAGACUUCCCUUGGUUCAGCAUGAUGAACAAAACCUAACCUCUAAAGCAUAUUUUCACGAACUACAGGGUUUAGUGUCAGCAUUCUCCAAACAGGUCACAAGCCAGCAGGAGGCAGGAAAACACACUCCACCCCCAGAGGCAGAGUGGGUCCUUCUUCGGGUCACCAAGAGGAAGUGGUCGGAGCCAAGGUGGACAGGACCAUUCCAAGUGACAGAGAGAACCUCCCACGCCGUCCGCCUGAGGGGAAAAGGAGACACCUGGUUCCAUUGGAGCCAGUGCGCAGCAGCUGAGGAGCCACAGCGUUCCUUGAGCGAGAUCCAGACGAAUCUCCAGGAAAAGAGCACUGAGUCGGCUGACUCAGAGACAGAUCCCACCUCAACAAAAGGGGCAGAAUAAUCCCCUGGUGGUGAUCCUAGGCUCCAGGGCAGUCUACCCCUGGGUCUGAAGAAAGAAGAUCUUCGAGAGGCAUCGUGUUCAGUUUUAUUAUUCAUUUAACUAUAACUUUUACUUUUCUCCUAUCAUUUACUCACCUAUGUGUCGUUGCAUAUUGCUAAAAAGUUGUGUUUAUAUAGCCAUAAAUAAGGUUGCAAACUCUCCUAGGGGUGACACCGCCUAGGACACAGAGAUAGAGAAAGGUCUUAUCAACCAGAAGGUUUGGUUUGCAUAUUAUUUUAC